UAUUAAAGGGGUUUUAAUAAAACUCAAUGAACUGAUAAUCGUGAACAUCAAUAGAAAUAGAGAUGGGCCGUUCAGAUCACUUAUCAGAACAUUUUUGCAUCUCAGAUUUCUGCUGUUAUCUGCGAGAGGAAUGUCUGGGCGGUUAAAGCACUAUCAAAAUACAUCUUGUUGUGAGAAUACUAGUCAGAAGACAAAGGAAACGCCGAGGUGAGUACAAGAGACUCUCGUGCGAUUCAAUAUAUUUUCUUGCUGCAGUUGUUGGCCGGAUAUUACAGAAGAAUGGUCUGUUGACUAGACAUUAAUGCUGCUCUCUUCUGCAUAUCGUCUGUUGAUGGGGAUUUCAAGAGGAACUGUUCGUCCAAAAAUGAAAACUCUGUCAUCAUUUACUCAUACAUGCCCUUCCGAACCUGUAUGACUGACUUCAAAUAUCUCCUCAUCCUGAUUUCCUUAUACAUGCUUUUGUGUUUCAUUAUAACAUGAGGGUGUAAAUGAUGACACAGUGUUUAUUUUUGGCUGAACUAUUCCUUAAAUGAGUCAGAGUUUCGGUCUGUUUUUUAGCGACCGUCUCAAAGCUCCGAUGUUUAGAUGCCCAUUUGGCUCAUUUCGUGGUCAAACGUGAACGGAGGCGCUUGCUGGAGUCCCAGCCUGCAGGCAGUCAGACAGGUCAGACGGGAGGAGAGAGACGGGGGAGGUGUGAAAAAAUCACACGUCCUGAAGUUAUUUAGGCAUCGAAACGUCAAUCACUUUUGGACUUCCACGUCACGGAGGCACACGUUUGAUCUGUGUCCGCAGGCGAGGAUCGUGAUGAGGGUCGUGUCUCGAUACCUGCUUACUCGGCUGGUGAGUUUUUCUUUGGGAGAUGAGGGGGUGGAUACAGUCGAAGAGGCUCUUUCGCGGAUCCCGCUUCUCAUCGAGUCCUGCCGGCCGUCCAGAGCGGAGGUGAUUGCAGAGAUCCGGACGAGCAAAAUCAGCCUGAGAGACAGAAACGGCCAGGAGCAACUGGAGGAGUUCGCCGUGUCCUCUCUCCUCCGCUGCGAGCUCAUACCGUCCCCGGGCCUCCUCCUGCUGCUGCUGGUGAUUCAGAGCUGCGCCCAGAAGACGCCGAGCGUGCGUUUCUUCAGCUGCGCAUCCGACAAAGCGGAGCGCGUGAGAGAUGACAUCAGGCGCGUCGCGUCGCGUUACACGACGAGAGCGAGCAGGUGCUCCGAGGCCAGUAUGGAUAUUUCGGGAAUCCCGAGUCCGCCGUACACCCAAGCCCCAAACCCACCCUCACCCAUCCCUCCUCCACCCUACCCCGGCAUCAGAGCUAACGGACUGGUGAACGGUCAGCCUGAUAAGUCUUUCCUCAGGGCUCAGAUGGAAGUGGACUUGCUCAAUCAUUGUUUCGAUGACAUCGAAGCGUUCAUCGGAAAGCUGCAGCAGUCAGCGGAGGCUCAGAUGAUCCUCGACCAAAGAAGCAAAAAGAAGAAGAAAAACCAGAAGAAAAGUGUGGACGAGGACCUUCUCACAGCUAAAGCCAAGCCGCCGUCUGAGAGAGACUUUCUUGACGCCUUUCAGAAAUUCAAGUACAGCUUCGGCCUGUUGGCACGGUUAAAAUUCGCCAUCUCCAACCCGACCUCAGAGGAACUCGUGCAUCACGUCUUCAAACCGCUGGAAAUGAUGGUGAAGGCCACAGGGCCCGGCUUCGCCGCGUCCGUCUCCAGCCCGGCGAUGACUCAAGGAGCCGUGAGUCUGCUGCAGAACAACCUGACGGCACAGGAGAACGCUCUGUGGAUCUCUUUAGGGCCCAACUGGACGCAGCACAGAUCUGCUCUGAGGAGCCCCGUGGCCCCGUACGCGCUCGUGUUUCAGGACGGCUGGAAGCCGCCGGGGUCCGACGCCGCCGGAUGGGUCGACCCUGUGGAGUCAGAACACAGACAAGACGCAGAGCUCUCAAAAGUCGAGCUGACCCCGGCUCACACCGCUCCCGUUCAGACUACAGACCAGCCUGAUGGUGGAGUUAAAGAACGCUUAUAUCGCUGCAGUUAUGACUUUGUUGCACGGAACAAUAGUGAGCUGUCUGUACUUCAAGGAGAGACACUAGAGGCGAUCGAGUCGUCUAAGCGCUGGUGGAAGUGUCGUAAUAAGUUCAAUGAGGUGGGCUUCGUGCCGUUUAACAUCCUGGAGCCGGUCACGCACAUCGACAACCCCGUGCUUCACAAAACACCAAAGCCUCCCUCUGCUCCACCGAUGUUCACCAGCCUGCCCAGCCCUUCCGCCGUGACCUUUGACCCCAGCGCCGCUCGGCCGCGCAGCAUGAUCCUCGGCUCGCUUUCUGACGACACAGAGAAAGUGAUGCAGGUGAAUGACGAGCUGCUGCACCGCCUGACGAGCGGGAAGAACCUGUCUCCUCGUCUGGUGAUCCCUCGCUCGGCGGACACCUCCGCCCCGCUGGACUUCAACUCGCCGCCCGCCGAGGUGGAGAACUGGCUGAGAAAGAAAGGCUUCAGCGAACCGACUGUCCAGUGUCUGCGGGUCCUGAACGGAGCUCAGCUGUUCUCUCUGAAUAAAGAGGAGCUGCGCGCCGUUAUUCCUGAAGAGGGAGCGAGAGUCUACAGUCAGCUGACCGUCCAGAGAGCCCAGAUAGAGGACGCUCGCAGGGCCACAGAGCUGGAGACGGUGAUGGAGAAGCAGAAGAUGAAGGUGGACUUGAAAAUGGAGAGUGGAACUCUAUGAAGACCUCCUGAAUGAGCACAAGACAGUCUUCCCUUAACGCCCGCCGUCUGUACCACACACACACACACACCACUGUAACCUGCUUUAACAACGUUUUACAGCGUGAAAUGUAAAUCUGCACAAUGUUGUACAAACUUCUAAAUGCUCUAUGUAACAUGGGUUAAUAUAUUCUCAAUAAAUGCGUUUAAUGCAUGAA